CGACACGGUAUCCACAUGGUAUUUAAAAUGCAUCGUGCCGGCCAGCAUCUCGCCAGCAUCUCCACUGCCAGCAUGAUGAUGUAGGUAGCCUGCGCUGGGCUGCCGCCACUGGGGAACUGAUGUCAGUGAAGUUGCUGUACAGACCUACUGAGAAUUCCAGAUCAAGCUGUUCUUGCGUUGGGUCCAGGCUGCCAAAGUUGUGAAAAUGCUUCAAAUGCACUUCAAUGGUUGUGCGUUUCUUAAGGUCCGUCUUCUUGUUGUACUGCCCGCAUAUUGCUGGUAUAAUCCUAGAAGCUCCGUGUACUAAGGAGACGAGAGAGUUUGUAGCAUCGUCAUGAGGCUCCGUGGCAUUGGCCGCAGAUUCGGUGCACACUGCAUUCCUUUCUAAGGAGUGGACAGCGCAUUCUUGGGAAGGAAGUGCUGUUAUCCAGAUAUGAAGGCUUCAUUAUCUGCUCAGCUGGGCCCCACAUUCGUGCUCGGAAAGCCAUUGACCCUUCAACAAUCCACCUGCAACCCUGGCAGCAUUGAGUGCUUCUCACCUCUCCAAUUGUAUACUUCGCUUACAAAUCCAAAGCAAGCAGCUGGUUUGAGACUGCCCGGUCAAGCGUGGCCAGUCAAAGGUGUUAGCGGAAGAAGUUGGCAGCGAAGACAUUUUGAGGGGCUGAAUAAAAGGUUAUGCCUAAGUCGAGUCGAAGCCCUCGACAAUCCUGAGCGAACGCCAGAUAUAUCCACUGUGUUCCAAACGGUACCAGACCUGGUAGCUUACAUUUGCCAGGGGCCCUUGCUGUCAAAGGUUGGGGCAAAUCAGAGGAGUGUCACAGAGGGCCUAUCAUCAUGGGUUGACCUUGGGGUCAAAGUGUGCACAGACCUGGGCUUUGACCCCGCCGCUCUGGACGAGGCUCAGAAGUCGCGCAUCUUCCACUACUACCUCCCCACCUUCUUCUGGUGUCGAGCCCAGCUGGAGCAGCACCGGCAGAGGCAUGAGGCGCCCGAUGGCGCCAGCCCGCCCCCACUCGUAAUUGGCAUCAGCGCUCCCCAGGGCUGCGGGAAAUCGACCAUUGUCGAAGAGCUCACCUCCUUGUUUGAGUACGUCGGAAGCCACUGCGCGGGCAUCUCGUUGGACGACUUCUACCUGACAGCCGUGGACCAGUCCCGCAUGGCCGAGUUCUACGAGGGGAACAAGCUGCUCCAGUUCCGGGGCAAUGCUGGGUCGCAUGACAUGGAGUUCGGCCGUCAGAGCAUAGAGACGCUGCUCAAGCUCACGGAAAGAGGUUCGACGGCGAAGGUACCAAGAUACGACAAGUCCGCGAACCAGGGCCGAGGGGACCGCGCAGAUCCUGCCACGUGGCCGGAGGUGAAGGGCCCGCUGGAGGUGAUUCUGUUCGAGGGCUGGAUGCUUGGCUUCCGGCCGGUGCCAACGCAGCAAGUGGCAGACGUGGACCAGCAGCUCAUCCCCGUGAACGCCUUCCUGGAGCACUACGCGGAGACGUUCGACACCCUGGUGGGCGCGUGGGUGGUCAUCCAGGUGGCGGACCCGCGCUGGGUCUUCAAGUGGCGCCUCCAGGCCGAGCAUGCCAUGCGAGCCAAAGGCAAAACGGGGAUGACCGACGAACAGAUUGAGGACUUUUGCGCCCGCUUCCAGCCGGCGUACAAAGCGUACCUUCCGGGGCUCUACAAGGACGGACCCCCCGGAGCGAAGCCGGAGGCGACGCUGCAGAUCCGGAUUGACGAGAGCCGAAAUGUGCACUAGUGAACGGGAUCCUAAGCACGGAACUUCGGUGUUGUUGAUCUCUAUUGUUGCGGAGCAACCAGCUGUAUUGACUUCCAUUGGUUCCUGCCAAUUGGGUGGGAAGCGGAAAAGCUUUGUCAAUCUUGGACCUGAAGUUGGCUGUAGAGUUGUGCGCCAUGCUUGUUGGAUUGACAGGCCGAUUCAGCAGAGAUUGUCUGGCUGUCACUAGAUCCUUGGUCACCCCGGUUGUUGUUGUUGUAGCGUUGCACACAACAUUCUACGGAGCCGCUUGACAGACGGGCUGGAUCUUAAUGGGCCACAAAGUAUGGUUAUGAUUUUGUUUCAAUCCGCAAAUAAUAAAGCAGAUUGCUUGGACGCCCUGUUACAAGAAAUGGUGCGUUGCUGGCAGCUCUCUCAUAUUGG